CAGGAGAAUUCCAUCAUGGCGUCGGAAAUUAAGGCAAACUGUUUACGUUGGUGACAGCAUUUUGUAGCAUCAUUAGACGUUGACCAAGGAUGCAUACGUUGUAAAACCAAAGAUUGGCAGGUGCUGGACUCGCCUUAGCAGACAAUGACAACCUAUGCCUAUUCCCCGCGGCCUCAGUCACACGUAGGUUACAGCCCAUAUUCAGGGAUGGGGUAUCAGGAAGGUUACGCCCCCGGUAACAUUGCCGGGGCCCCACCUAGCGUGGCAUUCAGGAAAAGAAUGGAGCGUAUUGAUUGGAGGAAAAUAGCCUCGGUGGAUGUGGAUCAGAUAGCGAGGAAUAUGGACUUCAACGCUUUACAGGAAAACAUCACCAACAUCACCUUCUGCAAUAUUGAGGCUGAAUUAGAUUUAAGAAAUGUGGACCCGAAUUUCACCAAACUGUUCAAACUUGCUCAGCUGACUAUUGAGUACUUAUUGCACUCUCAGGACUACUUGGCUGGUGUAGUUACCUCCCUUGAAGAGAAGCUGAAAACAACACAGCAGGAACAUGAGCAGAUGACGACACGCUUGGAGCAGCAACAGAAGGAACUCACUGAGGUGAAGAAAGAAAGCCACAAGAGGAAGAAGAUGCUAGCUGCACAACAACAACUGUUACAGGGCGGUUCCAGUAGUUAUAACAAGUGCCCUUACUGCUCCAAGGCAUUCCUGAAUGCUUCAUUCCUCCAAGCUCACAUUGUACGUCGUCAUGGAGAUUCAGCCAGCCCUAGCCAAUCACCACAGUCGCCUGCACGCCUGAACACCGCUCUGGAGAAAGAGCUACUAGAGAUCAAAGAGAGGCUGAAGAUGACGGAGACGCUGCUACAGUCAGAGAGGAGUAAAGCCAAGCGAGAACUCUUCACAGAAAAGAAUGUUACAAAUGUGUACAAUCAAGAGAACAAGGAGAACUUAGUGGAGAGCUUCCAUGUGACGGAGAAGCCAGAGCUGAGCAGAGAACAACUGUCAGAACUCGAAAAGAUGAAGAAAGUAUUGAUGACAGAAUUAAAAGAGAUGAAUGAGAAAUAUCAGGCCUCCCAGAAUGCAUUGUCACAAAUGGAGCAAAAAUAUGGCCGUCGUUCUCACCUGGGUGAGUUGCGUGAUGAUGAAGAUGAUCACGAGUUGCUACGGCAACAGAGGGAGGAGCUGGCCAUGCUGAAAGAACAGCUUCACAAACAGACGGCAAAGACAGACAUGACCUUGAAUACAAAGUUGAAAAAACAGGACAGGAAAUGGGAGAAGAAAGUGCAGAUGAUGUCAGUGGAACAUGCUAACGAGUUGUCAAGGCUGAAUGCAGCCCUGGAGAAAAGUGUGAAGGCUCUGGAGAGGAACCAGCAUCAGGCUCAGAAGGCUGAUGUACAACAGCUCCUGAAGGAAACAAAGGAAAAAGAAAAACUGCUAAAAGCUGAAUCCAACAGACAGGUGGCGAGAGAGAAAGAGAGGCUAGUUAAAAGUGAACCUAGACCAAGCACCUCGGCAAUAAAGGCUAGCAGAUCAACUGGGCUGUCCUCCAGCCAUUCGCACACUGACAUUGACCCGUUCCCAGAUGAUGACACAGAGGAGAGCGAUGAGGAAGAAGAAGGUCUGCACAGCCCGCUGGGCACCGGCGGCUCCCUGGGGCACACGGGCGGAACCACAGGAGAGUUCUCCACCCAGAGAAGUAACCGUCUGUUAGAACAACUCCGUCAGGACCCUUUCAUUCUGAAGGCCAUGAGGGAAGAGCUGGUGAUUAUUUUGGAUGAACAGCUGGAGAGGAAGGGAAUACCUCAGGGAUCGAAGUCUAUAAAGGAUGAUGUGCUCGCUACAAAACAGUCCGUCCUAAACACGGAAAGGAAGGCAAAGGCAUUGAAAUAUCCCACAUUCACGGAGAUUCGUCAGCGUCUUCAGAGACAGGUGACCGAAGCAGCGCGGGAGAGGUACAAGCAGCUGAAACGAUCUCCACCCUCCUCAGGUAACAGAACAGCCUCAAACAGCACAUAUGGCAGCAGUAGAUCCGUUAACGUGCACCAGGGAAACCUUGCUUCAGGCUCUAGACCCUCUUCUGACACCCGUAGACCUGCUGCUUCUGGGCCUAUGCCAAGGACACGCCAAUCACCCGUCCAUCACCAACCCACUCCCAGUCAGCAGGCGCCAAUAAACCGCCAAGCUCCGCCCAGUCACCAAGUCCCGCCCAAACCAACUCAGAGAUCCACCUCUCCAUGGAGAAAUGGGACAAACACACCUCUGCAGAGUACAGGGUCAACGACUGAAUGGACGAGCACAAACUGGGACAGUGACGAGGAGGAGGAGGAGGAUUCUGAGGAUGAAGGUCAGGUAGACGGGCGCCUCGGCUUCCCCCAGGCCUCGCGCCCCGUGCCUCGCCCCAGGGCUUCACCCUCACCCAGGGCACAGCCACCUAUACAGACUCGACCCCCGGACAACAUCAGUGACUGGGAUUCUGACGGUGUCAGUGAUUUAGAAGAACUGGACCUGAAGCCUACCUCGGGUAAUGUGACCAGUCAAGCCAGGCCACCCGUAGCCGCGCCUAAAGGACAGAAAGUGGCUGAGCUCUCACGCUCCAUCGAGUUCCAGCUAAGUGGUCGUAAAGGUCAGAAGCCAGCCGGGGCUGUGGACACUAUGGGGUCAUCUCAUGGUCAAGAUGAUGAUCUGCCAGGUUUUAAAGACGAUGACAGCUUCCCUGAUAUUUCCUCCCUGGAGGAGAACGACGGAGUCGCUCCUAUCAAGCCUCAGAAGCACGCUGUGGGUAGAGCUAGUUUUGCCGACACAGAUCAGUCCUCGAACACAUAUGGCACCAGUAAAUGGGGGUCAUCUUCAAGAGCCAUGAGUUCACCAGCACCUAGCUCUGUGAAAGACUCUGUGGUGAGUCUUACAGACUGGGACUCAGACAUCAGUGACAUCUAGUGGUGACAUCUGGCAUUAACAUCUAGAGGCGACAUCUGGCAUUAACAUCUAGAGGCGACAUCUGGAGAUGACACCUGGCGUAGACAUCUGAAGAUGACAUCUGGUGUUAACAUCUGGAGAUGACAUCUGACGUAGACAUCUAACAUAGACAUCUGGAGAUGACAUCUGACAUAGACAUCUGGAGAUGACAUCUGGCAUAGACAUCUGGAGAUGACAUCUGACAUAGACAUCUGCAGAUGACAUCUGGCGUUGACGUCUGCAGAUGACAUAUUGCAUAAUAUUGCAUUGGAGACAUCUGUCAGCAACGAGUCAAUGAUAGGGCAGAAAAAUCUAAAGUAUUAUGCAGUUAUGUGACAAAGGUGCUCUAACAUUUUCUUUGGCUGUAAGAAAUAAUUAAGAAUACUAAGAACAAUAGUAAUUUUAUCUGGACUAUGUUCAGGCUAUAUCCAGUACACUCUGAUGUCAGUUACAAAUGAAAGGACUGCAGCAUAUUUAGUUUGGUUUACCUGUAUCUAUUCGAAUAGGUAACAAAAUAGCAAUGUUUUUCAGGUCUGUUGCUGUGUGUAGUUUGAAGGUUUCAUACGUCAUUAGUUCCCUAUGAUACAGAAUUGCAUGAUAUCUGUGAUUCUGUACUGUACCAAAACAGGUAUGAUUUCAGAGUUCUGUUAGGUGACAUAUGGCAUAGUAAAUAGAAAAUAAUAUGCCCUUAUGAUAUGAGAAAAAGGCUGAUAUAUAUAUACUUAGUGUAGGGAAUAUAAAAUGUAAGAGAGAAAAAGUCUCCACUUCAUCAUGUGUUAGGAAUACAGCAAUCCCUAACAAUCAGUAGCAACAAUACUAAGUGGCAACAGUCCUUGGCUGAAUAGAAACAAUCCUGCAGGGAGUAGCAGCAACCUUGUGCUGAGUGACAACCAUCCUGUACUAACUGGCAACAAUCCUACAGUGAGUGGCAGCAACCUUGUGCAAAGUGGCAACAAUCCUUUACCAAAUGAAAGCCUGUUAUAAAGGGAGGCAAAAAUGGAUCUGUUUAACACUGUAUGAUUAAAGUGUUGAAUAGUAAGUAAUUUUACAUUUUCAAAUAUUCCCUUUGCUACAAAGUUUUGUCAACUACGUGUGGGUGCUAAAUGUACAGGAUACAGGAAAAUGUAAGCACCACUUAAAAAUGUUUGUGCAUGUAUCUUCCUGGGUGUACACAGAUACUUUGUUCUUUUUACUGCGGUAACUAGUGUGAUUGUCCACUUUAUUUCAAUGAAAUAUAACAGAUGACUUACCGUCAAUACUGAGAUUCAGUCAUUUUAAAUUGAAUUUUAUCCACUGGUGUGGAUCAGGUAUUUUAUUCAUAAUAUGGUGGUGUUUGUUUCAGUGGCAAUGUCAGAUAUUUUGUCUGGAUUUACUGUUGAAUUGCUUUCAAUUCUGCAUUUUUUUCUUGCAUGUGAAACAGAUUAGAAAGAAAAAUGGCUGUACUUACUAUAUAUUGCAUAAUAGCAAUUAACUUUUUGAUUGAUUAAUACAUUGCGCCUGAAGUUGUGAUAUGGUCCCUUCUCUUGUUUGGAAAUUUGAGAUGACUCCUUCUUGAGGCCUGCAGGGUUUCCCUCCUAAACCGGUGUCUUAUGCAUAGUCAUUUUGUUAUGUCGAUUUUUGGGGAAUCGUGCUGUUAAACUUACCGUCCAUAUACACACAUGUAUACCUGAUGUCCCAACUCAUCUUAGUGCAUUAUGGGAAUUUUACUCGUAAAAAAAAAAAACAAAAUCUAAAAGACGUCCAUGUUUUUUAAAGAGAUUUUUGAUUGGCAGGUGCCAUCAUUAUUCUGUCCAAUGAAGUGACAACAAAAGUAUCCUGUUAUAUGUUAAUUUACAUUUUGUGCCUUGAAAUUGAAAUGUCACCCAUUGUUCUUGUUGCUCCUUGUGCUUGUUAAGAUGUAAGCCGUCCAAGCUUUUACAUAUUGUGUCCCCUUAGAUUUUUUAAGCAUCCAUUUUACACCCUGUAACUUUUAAAAUGUAGAUAUUUUAUGUGAUACUCUUUGAUCCUGUUUGUCCCCUUCUCUUAGCAUUAUUUUAUCAUCUUUGAUAUAUCUUUCUUGUUGGGUCUCUUUUUUUUUUCCAGAAAACCCAUGAUAAGAGUCUGCUCAGUCUAUUGUUUCUUAGUGCAAGCCUUAUCCGUGCUUAUUCAAACAACCAAAGUAAGAGCAUUGUUUGCAGUGUUAGUGAAGCCCAUGUGUGAAAGAACUAAAGGUUGAAGAUAAAAAUGACAUUAAAUGAUAACUUACAAGAAUAAAAUGAAAAAUUUGUUUUCUGCUAUUGGUGCUUCUGUCAAAAAAUUAAACCACAAGCAAACAAAACACAGAGGGUCUUUUUGUCUCAGACAAAAGUUAAAAAAAAACGUUGACUUUGCUCAAACUUUGACCUUUAUUAUUUGUUUGCUAAGACAGAGCAGAAUGUUUAUUCUGAUUGAUUUCAGAGGCAUAAUAAUUUACGUUUGCAUUAAACGACCGUGCAUUCAAAAGCCAUGUUUUUCCACAUGUUUUUCAUGUUUUUUUAGCUGAGAUUUCAUUACAUUGAUUUCUUUGAUUUUGUAUGGAAUAUUUUUUGUUGUGUAGGCCAAAUGCAAAUGUCAUCAUUAUAUUUUUGUACCUUGAUUUUAUAAAACUUUCAGUAAUUUGUUCAAUUGCUGGCGCGGACAGAUUACCGCACCCCGCCCCCUGUCCUGAAAGAACUGAGUAACCGUCCAGAUGUAUCCUCGUUAUAAAGCAUUAUAAAGGCUGUCUGACUAGUGUACAGACAUAGUUGUCGCUACUUUAACUUUUUGAACCAUACACUAUGCAGCAUAUAUAACUGUAAGCUUUACUUUUGCAGUCUUGCAAAGUUUCUACUUUUGUGAAAAAUCGCUUCGUGGCAGAGACAAAAUUUAAGGUCAGAUAUGUGUGUAUUACUCAUCUUGUGUCCUUGUGUUUUCAGACAGCAUUUUAAAUAGCAUUACCGUUAUACAGUGAAUAUGUUGUUGUUGUUACUCUAUUUAGUAUAUGGAAUCUUUUCACGUAUGAAAUGGUUAUACAUAGUUUUUGUGCCCCGCAGAUAAUCAAACUUUGUUGGUGAUAGAUAUUGUACUGUCUCGUGAGGAAAGUUCAUAAAAUAGCUGGAACUAUACAGAUAUAAUAUCGGCAAGUGAUACCUUAGAUAGGUUAAUUAGCCUACUUAUAUUUUAUUCGAUUUAUAGACCAUAUACGCUCACGCGUUGAUUAUUUUCUACGUAGACUUUAUUGAUUGCAUAAUAAUUUGUGAAUUUAAUUUUUAGAAAUUACCCGGAUUUAUUGAAUUGACAAUUAUUGAUUUCAAAUGUAUAUAUUGAUAUGAAAUGAAUUUUUUUUAUACGUUUGUCGACUUGUAUUUAUGAUAACAUUGCCCAGUAUCUAUGAGAACAUUGACUUGUAUAUGUAUGUUUGAAGAGAGCGCUGAAAUUCCCUAUACGGUUAAACUUGUUAUAUGCUAUCUGAUAAAUAUCGUAUAAUGAUAUAUCUCAAAUUAAGAAUCCAACCAUUGCAGGCCUGCCUGGGAUGAUUUUAUUGGAUCGCUGUUAUGGAGUUCGACAGGAUAAUGUUUAAGGCCCCGAAUGCUGGCCACCUUCGUAUUAGUGAAACAUUUUGAUGUGGAAACGGCCUAAAACACCAAUCAAAUAAGUAAAUAAAACUUUUAAUCCUCAUUUUAAAAAACCCAAAACAACCAAAAAACAAAACCUGUCAGUCCCGGCUAUGAUAUACAUGUACAUACAUUGUAGAGAGAUUCAAGUUAGCAAGCACUGUCAUAUCACGUCACAAUCGAGGUGUUUGGGUAAAAUAUAAGUUUUUGUUGUGGCGAAUUCAGGGUCUGCUUCGUGUCGGUUCAGUGCAAAAAAAUCUAUAUGUAUAAGGUUACAAGCGUCGUAGAAAGGUACGGAAUUUUGUUUUGUGCGUGGUUUUACUUCCACAACCAUCACAGGAAGGGGUCGUGUGAAAUUCGGUCGCGGUUAAGAUCAUAGAAUGAAUUAACUCUUUUUUCUUCUUAUACCGUCAACGUAGGUUUAACAGAAUUUGUAAAGGUACUGUACCUGCUGGCACAAUAACCGCAUUACAGGCCAACUUUACCCUUCGGCGUGCGUACACUGAUGAACGUAUUCCAGACAACCUGUAACCCAGGUAUUAUAGAACAAACAUCUUACCUCGUUUUAUCUCUGUGUCGGUAGAUGAUUAGGAUCACCCUAUUUGAACUGUAUGUCUGAUUUCACAGAUUUCAAAUUUGUUAUGAUCUGCAUGGUCAGAAUACAAACAGACAUUCCUUAUUCUUUUAUCCACACACUUGUGUUCUUCGAAAAAAUAUUACACUCGAUGUUUUCUAACACUCUUCGUUGAUGCAAUGAAGUGUUUUACAAAUAGAUGUUUUCCCAUGUGGUUUUGAAUGUACCGAUUUCUUGUAAAUGAUGUUUAUUUGUUUCUUAUUAUUUUUCCACUGGUUGCCUUACUCUUGUCCACUUUCUCCAUAGUCCGAAACCGCCUUUUGUCCGCCAUCUUGGUCUAUAUUUGUAUGGAUUUAACUGAUUGGUUCACUACAGCAAAGUGUGGAUUUAUCUGAAUGGUUCACUACUGCAGCGUGUUCAAUUGAGGCAUGUAUUUUAUCAGACUGUAGUUUUUUGAUCUACUUAACACUUUCAGUGUUUUUCUCAGAUUGAUUACAAAUUCACUUGUUUUAAAAUUACGUCGUCUCCAUGCAAAAUAGAAGCAAGUUACAUACGUGUUCACUGGGCUGUUACAUUUUAAAAUAAUAACAAUACAUGUUUACGUUUUUACACGUACGGAGUCGUAAUAUUUACGUGACGUUGCGGUCUGUACGAUUAUUUGUUAAAGCAGAAUUUUAGUUUGUAAUUACUGAGGUCUAUGCAGAAAUGAAACAGUAUAAUUCCAAGUCUCACCAGUUUUAUGGAAUCAUCACGUGUUAUAGGUAUCUGGGCCCAGUUACACAUAGAUGUCCGUACAUGCACGAUAAUAGCACAUUUAGGACAAUGGUGCGGUAAUAGUGACGUAUGAAAUGUCGUACGACAAACAUACGAUAAAAAAGUGUCGCACGCCGCUUCCUGAAACUGGGCCCGGUGCAGUAUUUUUUUUUUCAGAUUGACUACAAUUUGACUCGGUUUAAAAUUACAUCUUUAUGCAUAAUAGAAGCAAGGGUAUAGCCUACAUUAGUGUGUCACGUUUUAUGUUUGGCGUUUGCCUGUUUACAAAAUUAUUAUGUGUAGUAGCGCGUAUAGUAUUGAAUCUUUACAUAACAAUAGCCUGCUCAAGGAUUCUAUCUAGUUUUACCGAGUUCCCGUGAUAAUUGAUUACCUUUCUUUGUAUUAAAGUCCGUUAUAUCAUUUAUAACUGCCUGUUUCAUUCUCUCUGUCUGUAUAUACAGCGCACAUACGUAUUCGCAUGACAAUAAAAUAUUAAUCUAACAUC